AUGAAGGAAUCCCAACAAACGCAGGAACAGCUUCAAAAUCAGGAGCCACCGCAGCAGCAAACGGCAGAACAAAUUCUGAUGCAGCAACAGCGUGAGGCAAACCAACAGCUUCAGCAUCAACUCGAAGACGAAAGGCGAAAACUGCACCAAUUGCAGUUGCAAUUGCAACAAAAGCAACAGUUGCUCUCACGGCAACAGCAACAACAGCACGAUAGUCAUCAGUGGGAACAGUGGCAGAAUCAACUGGAGCAGAUGCAUCAACAGCAAGUACAACAGUUGCAACUGCAGCAACAGGAGCUGCAGCAUCUUUUGCAACAAGAAAGAGCAAAGCGGCAACAGCUGGAAAACCAGAUGGGACAUAUACAACAACAGCAGCAAAAUUUCAGUCAGUUAGGCGAUACAGCGAAUCCUUCGUUAGAUUUGAAUAGGCAACAGGAACCAGGGCUAUUGAAUGAUUUUAUGCGUUUCUUGCGAACACAACAUAGACCAAACACACCACGCUCUAGUGGACAAGCACAAAGUUCGGAUAGGUUUACACAACCAGUACACAAAUGGCCUUUCGAAUAUGCGGGUCAACCCAAUAUCAUACAAUUGGGCGAAUUCCUAAACCAAGUAAACACAUACGCGGACACCGAAGGAAUUGAGGAGCAAACCCUCCUGCGUUCUAUCAAGUAUUUGCUGAAGGGGAGAGCUCUUCAAUGGUACACACGAUCUUACUUGCAUCUAACCAAUUGGGAGGUGUUCAAAUCGGAAAUUAAACAGGAAUUUCUACCACCAAAUUAUUCCGAGAUCAUCAUGCAAGACUUAUAUCUGCGGUUUCAAGGCCCAAACGAAUCAUUCACCACGUUUUACAGGGACCUAGUAGCCGCCUUCGAAAUUGUAGAGCCAGCAAUUUCACAGAGAGAAAGACUAUUUAUCGUAAAAUCUCACCUAAAUUCAGACUACACCCCCAUAGCAGCAGCCUCCAGAGUUAGCACAGUUAGAGAAUUAGUCACAGUCUGUAAAGACUUCGAAGUGUCGCGAUCUUACUCCAUGCGAGGUAGAUCUGCUACAACUUAUCGUUCACUUUGGAACAAACCAGAACAGCGUCCGGGGACAAACAGGAUGGACAUUCCUAACCGGCCAUCGUUCAACCGGCAACCGGAUUACACAGCACAAAUCAACUCAAUGGAACUCAGCUCGGAACUAGAAGAAAAUUUGAACCCACAGGACAUUCUAGAACGCGAAAUGCUUCAACACGAUAUUGCUCUACGUAAUGAGGUAGUUUCUAACAAUGUGGAGGAAGUGAACGCACUGCGUUUACAGAAUAACUCUAGAGAAAGGCCCGCAAUGAAUCCACAUCCACCAACUAGUGGAGAGCAACGUACAAGGGAAUGGACACCAAGCAUCAUAUGUUGGCAGUGUGAAAAACCUGGUCACACUUAUCCAAAUUGUCCCAACCCGAAACAUUACCUUUUCUGCUACAGUUGUGGAAGAAAAGGUUGCACUACUCGCAAUUGCGAAGCAUGUAUCUCGAGAUGGAGACAGCUAGAUUCGACAAAUGGUCCGCAGCAUCCGGGAAACCGCAGUUGGGAGAACCCUCAAUGA